AUGGUACUUAUGACUGAUUGUGCAGGCUUUUCCUUCCAUUCAGACCUAACAUUCCAUGGAGCCGGCGCCGGGGAUCGCCGGGAAGCCGGGGAUGGACGGCACGGCGGGGAUGGCCGGCACGGCGGGGACGCCGUCGGGCAGGUUGGGGAUGGACGGAAUGCCGGAGGGCAGAGAGCCGCCUCCGAAGUUAGCUGCGAGAGAGAGAGAGAGAGAGGAAGAGGUGAGAGGAGGGGUUCCCCUUUGGUGGGCGCGCUGCUGCUACUGUUCCUGCUGACGCAGGUCGCCUCGAAACCUACCCUGUCGCUGGAGACCCGACUCGAGGCCCGCCGCCUGGCGCAGAGCCUCCAGGACUGGCUUCAGGAGGACAGCCGCGGCCAGGGACCUCCGCAGGGCCCGGGGGCCGGAGGAGGGGGCGGGGAGCGCGGAGGGGAGGAGCUGGAGGCCGACAGCGCAGAGCAGCGCUCCUGGGAGUUCGUGCCCACCGGAUCGAAGCGCGCGCUCUCGGUGCUGUCGCGCUUCACGCCGUUCACCUCGCUGGGCACCUCGCGGCGCAUGGGGCGCUUCCCCGUUCGCUCGCGCGGCCCCUCCGCGCCCAGGGACUACAUCUCGGCGGAGACGCGCGGCGAUUUCAGCGACCGGCCGUCCGGACAGCCGCUGCGCUGGGGUCGCUAGGGCAGCGGACGAGCGGGACCGCGCCCUCGGCAGCCUCAGCCACAGCGUCAGCGGCGACUGGGUCAUGUUGUUAUUUUUCGUUUUAAUUUCGUUAUUUUGUUCGUAUCCGGUCUGGUGUAACCCUGUGUCAAAGAUCAGUCGGCAGGUGGUGGGGCUUAGCGACCUUUCGAAGGUACUGUCGGUUUUCAGACGCCUCACCAAAAGGCAGAGGAUAGAGUCAAGCACUCAUUGCCAUUGGGACCGUUUGGAAAUGUUUCGCACCAUUAGGAAGGUGUUGAGUCCCGCCUUUACUUAUCGUAGAGAGAGUGACAAAUUAUAAUUCCAGGGUACCUCGUCAUAUCUACACACAAUGAUCGUUGUUGAAUAUUAUCUGAGCUCGUGCGAUCAAAUAAGUAGGUUUCCGCAGGCCAACAUGUGAAGUGUGUUUUCGAGUGUAUCCAGACACCUUGUUCUGAAUUAAUUCGACUUUGGACGCCAAAAGUUCGAUUGAUAUUAGACUGUAAAUUUCGAGUUCCUUAAUAAGAUUAGUCGAUCACGUCAGAGGACUGAUUAAUGCUCUGGGCUUAACGCCAAACGAAAACGAAAGCCUACUUUUCUUCGCUCUUUGCUUCUAUGUGAAAACGUCCAAACGAUGUUAGCGCUAAAAUAUCUGGCGCACUAAGCAUAUUGUACAUCAGCCAUAUUUAUCAAAUUAAUUCCUUACGUUCGUUUUGAUUUUAUUUUAAUUGGCUGGCCAAUAAUAACAAUUUUAUUCGAAUAGACAAUCUAAAUUGAUAUACUUUCCCAAUUAUUGCCCCAGCUUGUUCUGGAUGGAGCUCGGAAUGAGGCAAUCAGUCACUCGAGGGGCAGAAUGCCUGGGUUAGCCCCGCUCAGCAUCCUGGUCCUGGUGUGCUGGACUGGAAGAUAACCCAGGGAGCAGGGCUGCGCCUAGAAAGCGCAUUUUCGGCGUGUCAAUGCACUUAAAAAUGCGCAAAAAAUGUAGGCCUUGCUGUCUGGGAUACUCGAGAUUGGAGUUCCAGAGCAGGCAGCUGCUUCCUUGCUGAAGCCCAAGCCAGCCUCAGAAUCUCGCAAACAUAGGGUCCUAACAAUUUAAAAAACUAAAAUAAUAAUAUUUCUUAAAAAUGCUACUCUUUUGUAGGCGAGAUUCUUUUAAUAUUGCUUGUCGUUAGUUUGAAUCAUAUGUGCCAAUGGUAUUUACGAGCUCCUUGUGAAGCGAGACAGUUGUAACAUAAACUCAAUCAGAGUGCAUGUUAUUUUAAUAAUUUUAAAUAUGGUUAACUGUAGAUACAAGAGUCUUGCUGAACCUCAUGACUUCCAUUGAUAAGGUUCCUGACCCCAAGAUCCGACAUCAUUUGACAGUGUACCUUAUGCAUACACAAAUACAAAUUAAGGCAUGCACCGCUGUAAGGCAAGGCAGGCGAACUUAAUAGAAACCGCUGUUGUUUGUCCAUAUUGUAGUUUUUCCUAAGGCAUGAAUGAAUAGAGUCAGUGAUCAGUAAAAUUUUUGUAUAGACUUUUACUUUCGAAUGACUUCUGCCUCCUGCAACUGUGCAUAUUCAUGGGUUGCUUACCCUUAUGUAGGUGUAACUCGGUACCAGAAAACUGCAGUUUGAUUUUAUGCCUUGCUGCGACCCCGGGGAAGUUUGCCAAUGGGCAUCGUACUAAGUCCAAAUACAGUCAUAGCUUCUUAUAAAAAUGUAAUUAAUCUGUGGCAAUAAAUAUUGACAGUGUACAUACUCGACUAUGAUCAGAGACGUAUUAUUGUUUUAUCUAAUCCUUCUCUGCAUUGGCAUUGAGGUUUUGGAAAGACGAAAUUCGCAAAACAUUUGUAUCACUUUAUGGCCUUAUUAUCCAUAGUUCAGUGAUGUCAAAAAACUGUAUUCUGUGAGUAAUUAUCUUUUGUUGUCUGCUUGCUUUUAGCAUGCACCUUUUGUUUAUUGAUGUUUUAUCUGUUAAGACAUCGUGAUAUUUUCUAAGCUACUUACGUAACACGCCUUUCUGUACUGUCCAGCCACUAUGUACAAAGUGUAUUCUUUCAAAUAAAACAUAAGUACGUACGCAUUGA